UCGGGGUGGGGCCAGCCAAGCGCCUGGAGUCUCACCGGAUCCGGGAUCCGAGGCCAGCGCCCCGCGCCCCGGGCCGCUCUCAGCCAUGGGAGCCUGUCUGGGGGCCUGUUCCCUGCUCAGCUGCGCAUCCUGCCUCUGCGGCUCUGCACCCUGUAUACUAUGCGGCUGUUGCCCCUCAACCCGGAACUCCACGGUGAGCCGCCUCCUCUUCACCAGCUUUCUCUUCUUGGGGGUGCUGGUGUCUAUCAUCAUGCUGAGCCCCGGAGUGGAGAGUCAGCUUUACAAGCUACCCUGGGUGUGUGAAGACAGGACCCAGCAACCCUUGGUCCUGCAGGGCCCCGUGGACUGUGGCUCCCUGCUGGGUUUUCGCGCCGUCUACCGCAUGUGCUUUGCCACAGCGGCCUUUUUCUUCUUCUUCAUGCUGUUGAUGAUCUGCGUCCGCAGCAGCCGGGACCCACGAGCGGCCAUCCAGAAUGGGUUUUGGUUUUUUAAGUUCCUGAUCCUCGUGGGUAUCACCGUGGGUGCCUUCUACAUCCCUGAUGGCUCCUUUCCCAAGAUCUGGUUCUACUUUGGCGUCGUGGGCUCCUUCCUCUUCAUCCUCAUCCAGCUGAUCCUCUUCAUCGACUUUGCACACUCCUGGAAUCAGCGGUGGUUGUGCAAGGCCGAGGAGUGUGACUCCCCAGCCUGGUAUGCAGGCCUUUUCUUCUUUACCUUCCUCUUCUACCUGCUGUCCAUUGCUGCUGUGGCACUGAUGUUUGUCUACUACACCGAGUCUGGCGCCUGCCACGAGGGCAAGGUCUUCAUCAGCCUUAAUCUCACCUUCUGCGUCUGCGUCUCCAUCGUUGCCGUCCUGCCCAAGGUCCAGGAUGCCCAGCCUAACUCAGGCCUGCUGCAGGCCUCCGUCAUCACGUUGUAUACCAUGUUUGUCACCUGGUCGGCCCUAUCCAACGUCCCUGACCAAAAAUGCAACCCUCACCUGCCCAUCAGAAAUGGAACAGGCCAGAUGAACUUGGAGGACUACAGCACCGUGUGGUGGGAUGCUCCGAGCAUCGUGGGCCUUGUCAUCUUCAUUCUGUGCACCUUCUUCAUUAGUCUGCGAUCCUCUGACCACCGGCAGGUGAACAGCCUAAUGCAGACGGAGGAGUGUCCCGUGGAGACGAUACAGCAGCAGCAGGUGACCAUCAGUGAGGGCCGCGCCUACGACAACGAGCAGGAUGGUGUCACCUACAGCUAUUCCUUCUUCCACUUCUGCCUGGUCUUGGCCUCCCUGCAUGUCAUGAUGACACUUACCAACUGGUACAGCCCUGGUGAGACCCGGAAGAUGAUCAGCACGUGGACCUCUGUGUGGGUGAAGAUCUGUGCCAGCUGGGCAGGGCUGUUCCUCUACCUGUGGACCCUGGUGGCCCCCCUGCUCCUGCCCAACAGAGACUUCAGCUGAGAAGGCCCUGCAGCCCGCUCACCUGGUGCCUUGGGGCUCAACAAGGGCCGGCCCACCCUCGGUCGCACCCACCCACCCUCUUCCAAGAUCUGCCAGAGUCAGGGGACCCUCCGUUCUCAGUGCCUCUGGGGUCUGUGGAAUAUUAGGCUCUGAUCAAGCCCCACUUUCUGCUGCCCGUGGCCAUGCACACUCACCCUUGGGGCAGAAGUAGCUCCUGUUCUCAGGGUCCCCAGAAGAGGGCAUGGAAGGAGAGUGGCCCAGAGCUGCUCAGCUGGCAGGGGGUACCCACCCCAUUGGGGUGCCCACACCAAGGCCUGUGCUCCAGGCCUCCAGAGCCAACCCUCUUUCCUAGACCACGUGCCUUACAGAGUCUCUGAGACUCCACCCAAUAAACACACCUGUCCAUGUGUGUGACUUCCAUGUCCUGUGCUCCUCACCGUGGGGGAGUAGAAUGCCAUGCCUGGGAAUAAGGGUCUUGGAGAGUAUGGUAGGCAGGCUGGAGAGCAGGGGUUCUGUCAGGGAGCCAAAAGGGCUGGACUCUGGACCCUGCUUUCUAGCGUCUGCUCUCUCCUCUUUUCCCCUCUGACCCCUGUUCGCAGUCUGGGCCUCAUCGCUAUGCUCAUUUCUCUUCUUGCUGCAACGGUCUUAGGGCUUGAUGCCGUGGGAAUCCAGAGAAGACCCAGAAUGCUCCUAGGCCUUGGAACACCUAAGGAAGGGCUCGUGCUCUGAAGCCACCAAGCCUAGCUCUGAGGAGGCUGGGUCACUCUCCCCAGUGAUUCGAGGAGAGCAGUGCUGCCUGGUUGGUCAGUGGCUUCUGCGAUGGCCCAAGGAGUGGCCUGUGCAGCAGACUCAGCCAGAGGUGCUGGUGUGAGGGUCAGAGACAGGCUUCUGUUACUCCAGUGCAGGCCAUUCAUCCCUCGUGGUGUGGUGGUGCUCGUGGGUGUGGACUGUAGGUAGUUUUUGUGAUAGUCUGGUUAGGUACCCUUUACAGCCCUCCCUGGAGGGGGAUGAAGAGAUGGCUCAGAGGUUAAGAACAAUGGCUGCUCUUCCAGAGUCCUGAGUUCAAUUCCAGCAACCACAUGGUGGCUCACAGCCAUCUGUAAUUUAUCUCUUCUGGACUGCAGACAGAACACUGUAUACAUAAUAAAUACAAAGUUUCACAGGCUUGCCUGAGACCCGACCACCUCCCAGGUAGCCCAGGGUUUUAGGGAGUGCGGGAAUAGAGCAGGCAUCCUGGGAAUGGAUGAGUCUAAUAGACACCCGGGAAACUCACUUGGGCCUAGCGCUCAAAGCACAGGGAAUAACUGCUGGAGGCUUGCUGGGGCUCAAGAGCUAAUACAAACUUACUGGGGUGCAAAGGGCAUUGUGGGGUCAGAGGAGCAUGAGAAGAUGGGUGGCCUGGCACAGACUCUCAGGGGUUGUGGGGAAACUAGGUACCCUAAAGACAGAGGGGAGCUGCUGGGGUGCUGAGCCAGGGGCAUCCCUAGAGGGGUGAGUUGAUACUGGGAUCUCCCAGAUGAUGUUUUAGACAGAUUUUCCUGGGUGAGGUAGGGUGGGUGGAAAGCCCAACUAGGUGAAGCUAAGGAAGGCUUUCUCACUAGGGCAGGUCUGGAGGAUUUCUUGGUCUACUGUGCACACAGUAGGUACACAGUAGACAUCCUCAGCCUCUUCUCCUGUCCUAGCACACAGUAGGUACACAGUGUACAUCAUCAGCUGCUCCUUCCUGUCCUAGCACAUAGUAGGCACACAAUGGAGAUUCAUAGCCCCUUCUGCUUGUCCUACCACACAGUAGAUACACAGUGGACAUCUAUAGCUCCUUCUCCCUGUCCUAGCACACAGUAGGUACACAGUAGACAUCCUCAGCCCCUUCUGCUUGUCCUACCACACAGUAGGAACACAUUGGACAUCUAUAGCUCCUUCUCCCUGUCCUAGCACACAGUAGGCACACAGUGGAAUCCAUAGUCCCUUCUCCCUUUCCUACCUGGUCAUGCUGCAGCUGCUCUGAGCUCAUCAGAUAUAAGAGGAAAUGCUGAACCGUUGCCUUCCUGUUACAAGGUAUUGCUGUGUCUGUCUUUCAACUCAAAGCAAUGCCUGAAGCUACAACAACCUUCUUGGGACAAUGAGAUGACAAACCUGCUGUGCCUGGCUCCAACUUCACUUACAUGAGGAAAACCAACCUCUGUAUGUCUAAGUCCUGUUAGGUAUCAGCUCCGUGCGACUGGAUGCGUUGCUAUCUGAAUUACUGUUCUCAGCUGUGAAGAGACAGACACCAUUACCAAGAUGACUCUAAUUAACUGAGGGUUUGUUUACAGGAUUAGAGGCUUAGUUCAGGAUCAUCCUGGCGGGAAGCAGGCAGGCAUUGUACUAGAGCAAUAGCUGAGAGCUUUAAUUCCUGACCCCCAGGAAGCAGUGAGGGAGAGAAACCUCAUAGCCUACUCCCAGUGUCACAUCUACUCCUGUAAGGCCACACCUCCUAAUCCUUCCCAAGCAGUUCACUAACUGGGAACCAAGAAUCCAAGCAUAUGAACCUGUGAGGGCCACUCUCAUUCAAAACCCACACUGAUAGAAUUUACUGGUCUUUAAUUUUAGGGAUAACAAGAAUAGCAAACAGGACCCUGACCCCGAGUCUAAUUAGCACACAUUUCUCCUAGUACUCUGUUUAUUUCUUGUAUGACCCUUGGAGCCCCUUGUGUGACUCACUGUAUGGCCCAACUCUCCCCAAGGCCAGGACAAAUGAGAACCUAUGCUCACUGGUUGUUUGUGGCUCCCCUGGGACCUAGACCAGAACCCCGAUGAUGAGAAGCACUCAGAACAAGUCAGGUUAGAUGAAUGAGCACCGUUUGAUUCUGGAACAGCCACGGGAAGGCUGUGGUGGAAGGAGUGGGCAUGGAGGGCUCCAUUGGGCCAGGAAGCCCAAAUUCUGCUAUUGAGAGGUCAGAGGACUUUCCUAAGAAAUGACUUUAAGGCUGAGGCUGGCAGAGUAUGUGGAAGUUCACUGUGACAAUGAACAUGGAGAAGCCUGCUACAGGUGGUACAUGCCUGGUGGUGUAAGCUUUACACUUGCGGCUAGGGUGGAAGGAAUGGCUAGUUUAGAAUAUACUGCAAAUCUUGCCUCAGAGUGUACCAACAAGGCAUGGGAUUGUUCUGUGGUUAAAAGUGUGUGCUGGCCAGGUGAUGGUGGUGCAUGCCUUUAAUCCCAGCACUCGGGAGGCAGAGGCAGGAGGAUCUCUGAGUUCGAGGUCAGCCUGGUCUGCAGAGCGAGUUCCAGG